UUUUUUCUAAUGAUAAUUUGAAAGGCAAGUGAAACAGGGGGGAGUAUUGUGAAAAGAUUCAAUUGGGGAAGGACUUAACCGCAAAUAUGCGAAAAUGUAAGGGUAUAAAUAAGAGUGAGUUGAAACUUUGUGAACUGAAUUUGGAACUGUCUAUACUACGAUCACUUGCCGAAGCAUUUUUCUCAGUCGGAGAUCAUCGAAUACUAGUGGCGAUGGCUGCUAACACGUUGUCACCGCCUUGCAUCUUCUGCCAAAUCGCCCGCGGUUGUACUUCUGCCGUUCUCCUCCACAAGGAUGAUAAAGUAGUUGCUUUCCAAGAUAUUAAUCCGUCUGCAUUCAGGCACUACUUGGUUAUUCCAAUUGAGCACAUACCAACAGUUAAAGACCUUCGAAGGACAUCAGAAGACUUUGCAUUGGUCAGCCAUAUGCUAAAUGUUGGUAAAAACUUACUGCAAAGAGACGCAUCCAAUGCCAAUGACUAUAGAUUUGGCUUCCACCAGCCCCCAUUUAACAGCGUCAAUCACCUGCAUCUUCACUGCUUCGCACUUCCCUUUACGCCAAGAUGGAAGGCUAUAAAAUACCUGUCUUUGGGAAAAUUUGGCGUAUUUAUCGAAGCUGGGAAGCUGUUGGAGAGGAUCAAGCCAUUUUCUUCACUAUAAAAACUGCUACAUAAGGCGAUCGGUGGAGGACUGAAAUUGCUUCAAGGAAAUUGCGUGCCACACGAGACUCGGAUUUGAUUUUGCAUUUAUCUGAUUUUGUAUUUUCGGAUUUAGCCGUAUCUCAGAUUUCACCAAAUUAAUUUUUCAACAAUCUUGAAGCGAAUUCCCGUGAAAUCUGUGUUGGCGUGGAAGAAAUUCGGAGGUGUCCAAACAUGGAAGAGGAUCGGGGUCUCAUACUGCGGAACUUCCUGGACAUCUGCAAGGAUGGGGAACUCUCCACUGUGGUACCUAUGGCUGGUCUGCUUUUAGCAUAGACAAAGUUCACAUUACAUGUUGGAUCUGAUAUCGCUUUAUAUCUUGGUUUUAUUGGCGCAGAUGGGGAUGAGAAUGAGGAGGUUAACUCCAGCUAGUUUUACACUUUUGUUCUCUAUAUUGCAUGACCUCAACCACCCCCGCCCAAACGAUUAGGCAGCCAAGAGGCCUGCUACCGAAAAAGCUGCGCAGGUAGCGUAGUAUGAACAGGUCUUCAAGGCCGCGACGGAAGGAGCGCAACUUGUUGUUGCAAUCUCCAACUAGUCUGUUGUUAAAUAAUAAUAAUAAUAAUAAUAAUAAUAAUAAUAAUAAUAAUAAUAAUAAUAAUAAUAAUAAUAAUAAUAAAAUUGGGAUCCUAUUGAUAUCCGUGUAAGACAGUCCGUUGUUGUGCUGCCUUGUUCGCAACAUAUGGCUCCAAGACCUACGGAGGGUCUCGUUGCAUCUACCAAACAACAACCAUAUGACUUGGCAUACAGCCUGUUGCUGUUGCGGACCAUGUAACACAGCAUCUUGCUGCAACUUUCAAGCAGCUUGUUGCUGCGGCAAUCGAGAAGCCAAAAAAAUUCAAUGGGCAGAAUUGUAAAAUAUGGCAGCGGAAUAUGUUAUAUUAUCUGACCACGCUGAAUGUACAUAUUGGCUAAUGGAGGCUGCACCUGUUAUGCCGGAACGACCUCAGAAGAAAAAAAAAAAAAACACGAAUUUUGAAAGUCAUGAAACACUCAAAUUUGAUGUGCAAAAAAUUAUAUAUUGAAUGGCUUAAGCGACUCCCUAUACCGGUGUCUGUCGGUAUGCAUUAAUGGCUAAGCAACUGUGGUAGAUGUUGGAGAAGAGGCGAAAUGAAUUCGUCACUCUUUUGAGAACAUUCUAGAAUAAGACAAACUUGUCCCUGCCAUAACCUUUUACUACGAUAGUAAAUCUGUUAUCGGCAAAGUAUAAAGUAAAUGUACAAUGGAAAGAGUUGACACAUUCGCCGUCGACAAUUCCAUAAAAUAACUGAACACAACUAAGGUUAUUACGAUAGACCAUGUUGCGUCAAAAGAUAGCCUAGUGGAUCCGCUAACCAAAUGGUUAAACCGUGAUGCAGUUGAGGAAAAAGUUUUAUAAAGAAAAACUCAACCUAAAAAGAUUGGACAUCCCAAAAACUAUGUUCAAUAUGACAACCUACCUAUAAGACUUAUGUAUGUCACUGUGGGGGCUAAUAGUCUCGACCCAUUCCUGUCAACGGAAAGUGACAUAAUAGGGAGGAUAGCAAAUAAUUGUUUUGAUGAUCACUAAGUAAGUGUUGUAUCACUCGAAGACUUAAAAAGAUCAUUUCUGUGAGAGAGAAGUGGGGCCGCUUCUAAGGAGAACUGUUCAGGCUCAAUUCUUUAGAAACUCUCGUAGAACCAGAACGUAUUCCAUGGCCAAAACGGACCAAACAAUAAGAAUCGAACUAGAAACAUGAAUUCUCUGUCGGUAUGUAGUCCACUUACUAGAAGAUUGAAUAGUUCAAGGACAACGCGUACACUGGACAAUUGGUAAAGACUACAUACUGUUCAAGGGAAAGUUCAAAGAAAAUUCUACUUAUCCUAUGCAAAAUUCAUUUUUCUUUCUUUCAUCGAGUCAUCGUUUUUCUCUUUCAAGUGGGGGAUUAUUAGAUAUUUAAUUAAAUAGGUGAAAGAAGAAUAAAUUAUUUCUCCUACAUUUUAUUUGAUUAAUUUAUUUUAUUUGAAUAAAUAAAUAAAUAAAUAUUCAAAUAAAUAGUUUGUUGCAACUAAAUGCAACGUGCAGUAGACGUUGACAGUUUUUU